UGGGGCGGCCCGGCCUCUCUUUCCUCCGGUCCCGUCUCCUCCCCUUCGUUCCCCCGCUCGCUGGUUAGGCAGGCGAGGGAGUGCGCGGCCCGGCGCCCUCGGAGAGGAUGGUGAAGCCGCCCGCAGCUCCCGCGCCGGGCCGGGAGGCGGCCGAGCCGAGCCGGGCCCGCGCCGCCGGGGCGCUCCGCAGAGGCUAAGGGAUGAGCCGUACCCCGCGGGGUGGGCGCUAGCGGAAGGAUGACCACUCCCGCCUUGCUGCCGCUCUCCGGGCGGAGGCUGCCCCCUCUGAACCUGGGCGCCUCCGCCUUCCCGCACCACAGGGCUACCUUGAGACUCUCCGAAAAAUUUAUCCUGCUCCUGAUUCUUAGUGCCUUCAUCACCCUGUGCUUCGGGGCUUUCUUCUUCCUCCCCGACUCCUCGAAGCACAAGCGCUUUGACCUGGGCUUGGAGGAUGUGCUCAUUCCUCACGUGGACACCAGCAAAGGGGGCAAGAACCUCGGCGGCUUCCUCAUUCACGGGCAAGAGCACGACGAGCACCGGCACAGAGAAGAAGAGGAACGUCUGAGAAAUAAGAUCCGAGCAGAUCAUGAAAAGGCACUGGAAGAGGCUAAGGAGAAAUUGAAGAAAUCACGUGAUGAGAUUCAAGCUGAGAUUCAGACAGAAAAGAACAAAGUAGUGCAAGAGUUGAAAAAGAAAGACAGCAAGCCACUGCCCCCCGUUCCUUUACCAAAUCUUAUAGGGAUAAACAGUGGAGAACCAGCAGACCCGGAUAUCCGAGAGAAGAGGAACAAAAUUAAAGAGAUGAUGAAGCAUGCCUGGGACAAUUAUAGGCAGUAUGGAUGGGGACAUAAUGAGCUCAAACCAAUUGCCCGGAAAGGACAUUCCACCAACAUAUUUGGAAACUCACAAAUGGGUGCUACCAUAGUAGAUGCAUUGGAUACUCUUUAUAUCAUGGGGCUUCACGAUGAAUUCAGAGAAGGACAAGAGUGGAUUGACAAAAACCUUGAUUUCAGUGUGAAUUCUGAAGUAUCUGUUUUUGAGGUCAAUAUUCGCUUCAUUGGCGGUCUUCUAGCAGCAUACUACCUUUCAGGACAAGAGGUUUUCAAGAUCAAAGCAGUGCAACUGGCAGGAAAACUUCUUCCAGCCUUCAAUACACCUACGGGUAUACCAUGGGCAAUGGUGAAUCUGAAAAGUGGUGUAGGUAGAAACUGGGGCUGGGCCUCUGCCGGCAGCAGCAUCCUCGCUGAGUUUGGUACUCUGCACAUGGAAUUUGUCCACCUCAGCUAUUUGACAGGGGACCCUGUAUACUACAACAAGGUCAUGCACAUUCGGAAGUUACUUCAAAAAAUGGAUCGUCCUAACGGACUUUAUCCAAAUUAUUUGAAUCCAAGAACGGGCCGAUGGGGUCAGCAUCACACAUCCGUGGGCGGGCUGGGAGACAGUUUUUAUGAAUAUUUAUUGAAAGCCUGGCUUAUGUCAGACAAGAUGGACACGGAGGCAAGAAAAAUGUACGACGAUGCCAUUGAGGCCAUAGAAAAGCAUCUCAUCAGAAAGUCCAAUGGAGGACUGACCUUCAUUGGGGAGUGGAAGAAUGGGCACCUUGAAAGAAAGAUGGGCCACUUGACCUGUUUUGCAGGGGGAAUGUUUGCCCUUGGAGCAGAUGGUUCCAGAGAUGAUAAAGCUGGACAUUAUUUGCAACUUGGAGCUGAAAUUGCACAUACAUGUCACGAGUCAUAUGACAGGACAACAUUAAAGCUGGGUCCAGAAGCAUUCAAAUUUGAUGGUGGCGUAGAGGCAGUGGCUGUGCGGCAGAAUGAGAAGUAUUACAUCCUAAGACCAGAGGUGAUUGAGACCUACUGGUAUAUGUGGAGGUUUACCCACGAUCCCAAGUACAGGCAGUGGGGCUGGGAGGCAACACAGGCAAUUGACAAGUAUUGCCGAGUCAGUGGUGGCUUUUCUGGUGUCAAGGAUGUUUAUUCCUCAUCUCCUACAUAUGAUGAUGUACAGCAGAGCUUUUUCCUUGCUGAAACUUUGAAGUAUUUGUAUCUGCUGUUCUCCAAUGAUGACCUUCUACCAUUAGACAACUGGGUUUUUAACACAGAAGCUCAUCCUCUGCCUGUUUUACAUUUAGCCAACACCACACUAUCAGGAAACCCUACAUAUCGAUAAAAACAGCUCUAUGAGGAGAAAGAGAGACUGUUUUCAGCUCUGUUUUGUUUACAUGGACCACUUGAGACUUUUAAGCAGGAGAGGAGACAGACGCUUGAUAAAACUAGACCUCUGAGUCAAGCACGUACCAGCGUGAGAAAUGAAGCUCUUCAACAUAUAGAUAAGUUAAACGUUCUGUUUUAUACAUGACCAAAACACAUUAGUGUGGUAUUUGCAGGACAGAGACUUCACGCGCUUUGAACCUUAGCAAGACAUGGAAUCUGUUGUUUAAUAGAAGCACAGCAGCAUAAGGAAGAAGAGGUUUUCCCAUCUAGGGAGAGGAACUUGCUGCUGCUGCUGUUCUGAACAAGGAACACACACCAGUCACCUCUUCAGAUCAGGUGGCUUCCAAAUACCUAGAUUUUCUUUUUCUUUUUUCUUUUUUUGUUUGUUUGAGGAUGGCAUGAGCAAAGCAACAACAAAAGCAACAUCACUGCACCAGCAGCAGCAGCAGGAUUUGAAUUGCUUUCUGUACCUCUCUGAAUUCCCUAAGGAGCAUCUGUUUGUCCAGACUGGCAGCCAUUCUCAGGGCCACAAAGCUAUUAAAACUAAACUUUCAACUAUAAAAACUAUUGCCUCCUCAUUUUCCCCUUUUCAGAAUAAUGCUGAAAGAUCUGUGUUGUAUGCUUGCAACCAAAAAAACCCAUUUAGUAAGCAUUUGCUUUGUAGCUCUCUGUCAGCAACAUGGGCUUUGUUCAUUUGGCAAGCUACAGUCAGAAUCUGGAGUGAGUUGCAGGGUUAGGAAGGAACCUGAGCUUCCCUUCCUCAGAAAUCAUGUCACAUGGGAAAAAACAUUCUCCGAUUAGUCUUAGUUCUUUUAGCUAAAAAACCAGAGAUGACAAAAUGAGGAAAACUGUCUCUCAUGAUUUCUAUAGGUGGAUACAAUAGAUGGCACUUAAAAAUGCUCUCUCCCCUUGAGCUAAGCAGCAGGAGUUUGUUGGUUUAUAUUUUGCUAAACAAUCUAGAUUUUUCCUAAGAGUUAAAUUUCCUCAGUUGGAUACUAUUGACAGAACCUUCUUUGCAGGUUUGUGUAUGACAGAAGCCCAGAGCUGCCUUUGAUUUCAUUUAGAAAACUCUGCUACCAAAGCAGCGUGAUCUUCUUUGGAAACAUCUCUGACACAGGGGUAGAAAAAGAAACUAAAGUCUCUUUUGCCAUUAGUUUAUGAGAAAUGAGAUGCUGCUACCUGCACGGGGCUUUUUUUUAUCAAGAGCUCCUGGGCUGUGCUGUGCAUCACUUACAUGGAGUCUGCUUCAGUCUUCACUUAGUUACUAAAAGAAAUUUUAGUCUCUUCGGAUACAUCUCAAUAUCUUUCUUUUUUUUUUUUUUUUCUUUUUAACUGUUUUUCCAGAAUCCUUACAGCUCAAAUUGUUCUUUCUGUUCCCCUUUAUAGCUCUCAAAUCCUUUUGCCAUGGUGACCGACCCCUUUGCUGAAAAGGAGCUGUGAGGUGCUCCUUUCCCUCCUAUUUAGCGCACAGGUUGAGUCUUUAGAAGAUCUGGAUUGUGUUUUCAUACUGAGGUGAAUAGUAGAACUCUUCAGUGAGCUACAGCAGCACAGCAUCAGAUAGGAAGGGAGUGAGUGCUAUUUUUCCCUUCAAAAGAUGUUUUUAUAUGAAGUUUUAUAUAGAAAAGCUUUUCUAUCAUAUCUGACUGUACAUUAUAGUAGAAUGUCCCCCAUAAAAUUUUCCUUCACUCGUCUCUGACACUAACUUAGACACAGAAAUCAUGAUCUAAGAAAAAAAAUGCUAUCAGAUGCUUUUUUCCAGCCAGUUCCUUUAUUUUCAGAAGAGGAAGACACAGCGCUUGGAAAAAACUCCAGUCUCCGUGUUUUUACCUUAAUACCAGUUGCUUAGUUAUUCUAAGCUGAAGCAGUAGCAUAAAAAUAAUUGAAGAACCAAGAAAGGAAUUGAUAUAGUAAAUAAUACUGAAUCAAGUAAUUGUUUAUCUAAAAUCAGAAGUCACUUAAUAAAUGGAUUCUUCUUACCAGUCCCACAAUAACUUAUUUUUCUAAUUGGUAUUCAGUGGCUUACUGAAGAGCUGGUUAUUUUCCAUUUCCCAAAGUUCAGAUAGGUUAUGUUUUCAAAUUGAGUUUUUUCCCAUUACUGGUUUAAAACUGCACUUGAUUUCCUUGUUCCCCUCAAUUUCUCCAGGUACAAAAGAGAAAGAGGAAAAGCAGAUUCUUCUGUUUAAAAAAAUAAAUACCAAAAAAAAAGGCACUUUCCACCCCAUAACACCCGUUCCCAUAUAUCUCCUGAUGAAUGCACAUGUAGAAUGGCUGCCAGUCUGUUCAGAGGAAGGGCAAGGACAGAAUUUUGGAGUCUCAGAAGCAUCAAACUUCUUAUUGCUGCUCCUCUAGCCCCUGUCAUGAAUUAAAGAGCAACCCUUCAAAUUAGUUCCUCCAUAAAUCCCAGUGGAUUUAACUCAUUGUCACAAGCAUGCUUGCAUUGAGGACCUAAGCCCUUUCAUGUUCUGGGAUGGUAUUUUUCUCAAAGCAGACAUACAGCACUGCUAUUUCUUCUUUGCGCAGACUAGCAGCAGGUACCAAAUAAAGAACGCUUGUUUCCCAUUUUCCGGUUACCCCAAUGACUGUCACUUUUUGUGACAAUGUCUGUCACUUUUUAAAACACAAACUACCCUUUUCCUCCAGAAGCUACUGAUGUGCACAGUCUAUCAAAAAUAAUGAAUUUUAAGGACUAAUUACUGUGUCAUUCAUGAAUCUCAUCCUGAGAUUUCCCUAGAGCAAGCUGAGUUUGGAGGUAACGGGUUCUGGGCGAGUUGUGUGCGUAAUAACCAAGCAGUGUGGAUAUUGAAAUGUCUGACUUGUUCUUGUCCUGAGUCCUUCACAGAGAAGUAGGUUCUGAUGCACAGAAUGGUGUUACAACCCAAAGCUCAGGCUGUUUCCCCUCUGGGUACAGAAGGUACAGUGGAAUAUUGCCAUUUCAUUCUGUUGCUGCUGUCUGACUUUCAUGAAGAUAGAGUGUAAAUUUAAGCACAAAAUGACUUUUUAGUCCUAGUUGUUUCCAAGUCUUGCACUGUAUUCUCUAAGAAAACAAUCCUCCUUUUCUUUAGGUAGCGGUCCCAUUUUACCAAUUUCUACAAUACUCUCUCCCCUUACAGGAUGAAAUAAAGAACAGAAAAUAAUGUACGGUUUUGGCACACUGGAUUUGGGCAAGAGCCUGGAAAUCCCAGAAUUGUCUAUUUCCUGUUUGCAUGCAGUCAAAACAAGGAUGUUCAGUUCUUUUCCUAAUCCAAGCCUUAAGCUUGCCUGUUGUCAGGAUCCACAGUAAACUUUUUCCUAAGACUUGAGCUUGAGUUUUCAAAGGAGCCAGAUUUCUGCAGCUUCCACUGACCACCCUGGAGCUGUGUGUCCUGCAGUCAAGAAGUCAGCUUCUUAGCUUUGUCCUCGUAGCAGAACAAAUAACCCUGAAUAUGUGGGGUGUUCAUUUUGCUGCACAAUGUAGUCCUUAAAAAUGGAAUGUUUAAGAAAAGUAUGAAAAAUAGUAAGUACCCUGGAAUAAAGGGAACAAACGGUAGUUCCCUGGGCCAGUCGCAGCUCUGAGGCUUCUUUAUCCCCCUAAUUCAAAUCUGUGGGUCACUGUCUUCUACCUCCCAAUCACUGACGUAUUCCCACCCAGUGUUUUACAAGAUUUGAAUGUUGAGUGUCUUGAGUUCUGAAAAGCAGGACUACAAACUCCUUAUACUACCAUUCUUGAAGGUUAAUGGUCUACCCUAUGCUAAUUUACAUGUAAGCAAAGCCCUUUGGCUUUUAUGUCCAUGUUUUUAAGGGGACAAAUAAGAAACAGGCUUCUUGUUACCAGAGCAAUAUGAGAGUGAGCUCUUGAUCCACACUGUAGUUUGGAGAUCUGUUCGCCCUGAUAAGACAUCCCUUUUCCACUCCUUGUAUGUUGAGAAACAGUCUUCUGACUCAAGAGUUUGAGUUGCAAUCCAAAGAGGAAACCCAAGCUCUUUUGCAGGUUAUGUGCAUACAACUGUAGUAGCGAUGAUAAGCACUAGCUGCUUUGGCUGUCAGCCCCUUCUAACAAACUGCUCUGGAAUUGCCCAGGGAAGUUGGGAACCAUCAAAGUCAAAAGAAGACAGCCUGACUUGUUAUGGUGAAUUGUUGCCUUUAAUCCUAAUCGCUUGGUGGAGGUUGGAUUUGAAUUCUGCCUUUAUUCUUGCUUUGUCUAAAAUGGACAGAUUAUUUUUCCUCCAAAAUAAUGAAAGGGCAAAAGUCUGCCUUCUGAUGUGGAAACCUUCUGCCUCUGACCUGGAAUCCUGCAUAUGUACUUUUUACAGAUUAAAAAUAAUAUUGUAUAUAAAAAAGAUUGAAUAAAGAAUGUCUUUAAGUGAAAAA